AUAUCAAGGCUGUCACUUCAUAAGAGAGAGAGAGAGAGAGAGAGAGAGAGAGAGAGAGAGAGAGAGAGAGAGAGCCAUGGACGGAGGGGGGUUCACGUCGGAGCUGAUGGCCGAUUACGACGACCCAGCAACGAUGGAGCUGGGACAUGCAGGGGACACACGUUACGUGGAGCGUCGUGACGGUCGGCAUGCAUACGGGGGGUCAAAAGAGUGCGUGGACAGCCAUGCCGACCGAUACAGGUCGGUACACCGUGGUGGAGGGCGAAGUUGGUGUCAAACACAGUUCGACGUUGUCGAACACGGAGUGCAGCCUCAGUCACGGUACACGUCGUCGGGUCCGGGAGGUGGUUGUCAUGUAUCAGGUCCGGGUGGCGAUCGUGGAGGAUCGUCUAACGUGGAUGCACUUUCGUAUUGGGGACGUGGCGACGGGCAGGAGGGUCAUGCACGAGCUUGGCGUGGAGCGCAGAACGAGAAUCAGCCGGCAUCUCCAUUUGGCAUGCAACAGAGAACGGGAACCACGGGGCAGCAGCGUCCGCCAUCACCGACUGCCAACUGGAAUGUGAAUGACGUCACCGACGUGGGUUCUCGUCAAAGGCUGAUGAAUAGUCGUAGCCGAUCAUCGUCCUCUCCACCGGUGCAUCGGCCGACACUCGCAGAUGGUCUGCAGUCUGCAGGCAGCAUGCAAGUGGGAGUAGGUCAUGGAACGUCCGCGGGGUGGCGGGCAGGGCACGACGCACCGGGAUCCGCAGUGGGUGGUGGGAGAUGCGACUUCCCUGCAGAAGAAACAAGGCAGCCUUGUAGUGAGCGUGUCAUGCUGGUGAGGAUCUGCGGCGAGGAUGAUGCUCUCAUGGCUGAUGCGAGCGGUGUGCAUAAGCACAAGACGAAGCAGGGGCGAUUCCAGUGGAUCUCCGACCGCAUGCGUGACGAGAACUUCUUUAGGACAUCAGAAGAGUGCAGGAAGAAAUGGAACUCUAUGAGGGACACGGUUGCUUUGAUCAGGGACAAGUGUGAAAGAUCGGGUUCGGCCGGGUAUUUCAACAUGACGACCGAGGAGCAAAAGGAAAGGGAGGUGUGCCCGGCGUUUGAACGGCCUUUAUGGGAUGCUAUGGAGUGGUGGCGCCUGAAGGCAUCCGCCACAUGUGACAACACCUUAGCGUCUGAGGAGCUCGGGGGAAGUGGUUCUGGGGAGGUGACGGCAUCGAAUGUUGGAAUGAUGACAGCGAUGGAGGAUUCCACGACGAGGCUAUGUGAUGGACUGGACAGAGCGUCAUCUGCGUUGGCACGUGCAACAACUGAAAACACAGCGAUGGUUUCUUCCCGGAUGGGUGACAUGGCGGUCCAAAUCAGCGCUGUUGCCGGCGCCAUGCAAGAUGGGAACAUGGUCCUGCAAAGUCUCGUGGCGGUCAUGGCGGUGAGGGAACACAAUGCGUUGGGCGAGGAGAUCACUCGUAGGGAGACGCGGUUCUACUCCGUGGACGUCGACGGGCGGCCAGCUGUCGACUUGGAUGUGGCCCUGGGGUUUGCGAGGGGUAUGCUGUCACACGUCCUCUUCUGGGUGAAGAAGACUGGGGAAGACAUCCCCAACGACUGGGUGAUGCUGGCGCACGACAUAGUCGGCGACAUCGUGCUGAAGUGUGUGGAGAACCUGGCGACGGUGCACGACGGGAGGCUUGAUAUGGGGGCGUCUGUCUACAUGUUCCUUGAUCCGCCGCUUGUGGGUCGCGGCUAUCUGCAUGGCGAGAUCCGUUUGUAGAUGGGGAGGUUGGGGGAGGACCUCCCUAUACUUCUCGAUGGCUGCCUUAUGUCGUUUUACU